AUACAGGGCCUAAACCCAGGACGAAGGCCAAGCCCAACAAAUCGAAACCCUAAAAAACUGAAGUAGCGCUACAUUCCUGUCUAUCUCGUUCCCUCUCUUUCUCAUUUCAGCUUAAGCUGCCGUUCCCUUCUACUCGACCCUUGUGACGGUCUUCCUCUCAGACUCACACCGCAAGUGCUCUCUGUCUCUCUCGCUAUUCGCUAAUAACGUCUUCACCACUCACUAACUCAAUUUCUCUCUCCUUCACAAGAAGCUACCAUGGUGAGAAUUAGUGUUCUUAAUGAUGCCCUGAAGAGCAUGUACAAUGCUGAGAAGAGGGGCAAAAGACAGGUCAUGAUCAGACCCUCAUCGAAAGUGAUCAUCAAGUUCUUGAUCGUUAUGCAGAAGCACGGUUACAUUGGUGAGUUUGAAUAUGUUGAUGACCACCGUUCUGGUAAAAUUGUGGUGGAGCUCAAUGGUAGACUGAACAAGUGUGGCGUUAUUAGUCCCAGAUUCGAUAUCGGUGUGAAGGAGAUUGAAGGGUGGACAGCAAGGUUGCUUCCAUCUCGUCAGUUUGGCUACAUUGUUUUGACUACCUCUGCUGGAAUCAUGGAUCACGAAGAGGCACGUAGGAAAAAUGUCGGAGGCAAGGUUCUUGGAUUCUUUUACUAGUUUCUCCGUGAUUGAGUGUGAGGGUUAUUUUUUUGUCAGCAUUUUGAGGUCGAUGUAUUUUAUAUUUAGACAAUGUUGAGUAAAUCUAUUUGUCAUUUCUUAAAGAGGAUUUUUUUGUUUUGAGUUUUGCUACUUUCAUGUCUGGCCUAAAAGCAGCAUUCAUCCAUGUUUCUGGUUUUUUAUUUGCUUGUUACUUUUUAUUUUUAUUUAUUCAUUUUUAUCCAUUAGCUCA